CCAAUACCAUCUCUCUAUUCUUUACUUCUUCUCUGCACUUUGCAGUCUCUUCCAUUUUCUCUCUCUCUCUUUGUUCUUUCUCAAGUUUCAGAAACCCCAACACUUUCUGGGAAAACUCUGCUGCUUAUUAGAAAAAGAAAAAGAUGGCUGGAGGAGGAAUCGGCCCCGGUCCCGGUAAUGGCAAGGAAUACCCCGGCAACCUCACUCUAUAUGUGACUGUAACUUGUAUUGUGGCAGCCAUGGGAGGGCUGAUUUUCGGUUAUGAUAUUGGUAUUUCGGGGGGUGUGACAUCCAUGGACUCAUUCUUGGAAAGGUUCUUUCCGAAGGUUUUUAGAAAGAAGAACGCAGAUAAAGAUGUGAAUCAGUACUGCAAGUUUGACAGUCAAACUUUGACUAUGUUCACCUCCUCCCUCUACUUGGCGGCUCUGGUUUCUUCCCUGGUUGCGUCUUGGGUCACCAGAAAACUAGGUCGGAGACUUUCCAUGUUGUUCGGAGGUGUUCUCUUCUGCGCCGGAGCUCUCAUCAACGGCUUUGCUCAGAAUGUCGGGAUGUUGAUCAUCGGCCGUAUUUUGCUGGGUUUGGGUAUCGGAUUUGCCAAUCAGUCUGUGCCGUUAUAUCUCUCGGAAAUGGCUCCAUACAAGUACAGAGGAGCACUCAACAUUGGAUUUCAGCUUUCCAUUACAAUUGGUAUUUUGGUAGCCAAUGUGUUGAACUACUUCUUCUCCAAAAUCCAUUGGGGAUGGCGUUUGAGCUUGGGAGGUGCCAUGGUUCCCGCCCUGAUCAUCACAGUCGGUUCGCUUCUCCUUCCCGAGACGCCAAACUCCAUGAUUGAGCAAGGCAAGCACGACGAUGCCAAGACGAAGCUGAAGAGAAUCAGGGGAAUUGAGAACGUCGAUGAAGAGUUCAAUGACUUGGUGGCUGCCAGUGAGGCCUCCAGGAAGGUUGAACACCCCUGGAGAAACCUGUUGCAGAAGAAGUAUAGGCCGCACCUAACAAUGGCUGUCAUGAUCCCAUUUUUCCAGCAACUUACUGGGAUUAAUGUCAUCAUGUUCUACGCCCCUGUCUUGUUCACCACCAUUGGGUUUAAGGAUGAUGCUGCUCUCAUGUCUGCUGUCAUUACUGGCGGCGUUAAUGUUCUUGCCACCUUGGUUUCCAUCUACUAUGUUGAUAAAUUGGGAAGAAGGUUCUUGUUCCUUGAGGGUGGUAUCCAAAUGCUUAUCUGCCAGAUUGCUGUUGCCAUUUGCAUAGCAUUGAAGUUUGGAAUCAAUGGAACUCCAGGGGAUCUACCCAAAUGGUAUGCGGUGGUGGUGGUGAUAUUUAUCUGCACAUACGUUGCCGGAUUUGCUUGGUCGUGGGGGCCUCUGGGGUGGCUGGUGCCCAGUGAGAUUUUCCCACUGGAAAUCCGAUCGGCUGCCCAGAGUAUCAAUGUGUCAGUGAACAUGAUCUUCACAUUCCUUAUUGCUCAAGUGUUCUUGACAAUGCUGUGCCAUCUCAAGUUUGGGUUGUUCAUCUUUUUCGCCUUCUGGGUGGUGGUGAUGACCAUCUUCAUCUACUUCUUCUUGCCGGAGACAAAGAACAUUCCGAUCGAGGAGAUGGUGAUUGUGUGGAAGGAGCAUUGGUUCUGGUCUAGGUUUAUGACUGAAGUUGAUUACCCAGGUGAGGGUAAGGGGAGUUUUAAUGGCGGUGUUGAGAUGGGAAAGGGUGGUGAUGGCUACAAGAGAGUAUGAUAUAUAAGAAAUUAUAUAUGUAUGUGGGUGUGAUUAAGUGGAGCUUAAUUAUGUGUUUAUGGGUUUACAAACCUGGUUCAAUUAGUCUAUAUCCAUUUAUUAGAUGGCUGAAAUUAUGUUAAUGUUUAGAUCAAAUUUCAAAUAUUUUGUCUAUCUUAGUUUCACCGGCCUUUUGCAAA